AUGAAUAUGUUGGAUGAUGAAGAUGACCAAAGCUUUCACGCUGCGCGUGACGGCUACUCCCAUUUGAGCGAUGUCGAAUGGGAUGCGGUUGAACGGAUGGGUUCAACCAUGGGCAUCCAUGCUGUUAGCGUCAUGCUAGAGGCUCUCAAUAGAGAUGCCCAACAUGCUACUAUCGCCAAGUUCAUUCAAAAUGAACUUGACGCUGAACGCGAGAAAAUAGCCUCGCUUCACCAACAAGGUUCUCAACAAGCAGAGUUGUUGAGAGAACAGGGUGCUCAACAAUUCGAACUGUUGAGACAGCAGCAGGCUGAUGCUGGUGGGUCGAUGCACUCGCGUCGACCCGAGACCUUGAAGAUUGACAUCUCCAAGUAUAGGGGAGUCGAAGAGGACUCCCUCUUGAGAUGGUUUGUCGAAUUAGACGACGCCAUAAGGGCGCGUCGCAUCGACGACGGGGAAAUGCAAGUUGCAUUUGCCCAGUCAAAUCUGGCAGGACGUGCCAAGACUUGGGCACUGGGGCUCAAGUUGCACGACCCAUAUGCGUUUGUGUCGUUGGAAGUCUUCAAGUCGCGGCUCAGACAAACGUUUGAACCGCCUAGAGCUGAGGUUCAGAGCUCGAACCGAACUCUUGAAGCUCAAGCAGGGUAA